AUGGAUGAAAAAGUCCCUUUCCGCGGAUACGAGCAUACUCUCCCCGUACUGUCUCGGCCAUCGGCUGCGGCACCAUGGCCGGCCACCGAUCCGACUCCCCACACGGACCCUUAUACUGGUGCACCCAUUCCCGCCACUUUGAUCCCGACAUCUCUCCCCGCCAACACGACUGCGCAACAAGGAUCAGUACCGGCAUCAGUAUCAGAUUCAAUUUCAACAUCUAAUUCACAUUCAUCAACGGCAAAAUCCACUGCUGGAACUGAACGCAAUGGAUCUACCAAGGUCCGCAAGCCUCGCAAGGCUGCUAACACAACGGGCAAGUCGACGUUGUUCUGGGUGAAUACAGAUCCUGAGACCGCAGCAGCGGGAACAAAAGAAGAGACAUUAAAGCGAAUUCGUUCGCAUGUGAUGUCGGAACAUAAUCGGAAGAAAAGACUCGAAAAUACAAAACGAUAUAAGAGCAAAACAUGGAAACAUCUGCCUUUUCAGCCGGAGCACAUCCCUGGAGGCGUGGGACCGCCGAGACCUCCCGCCCCGCCAUCCUCGGCGUCUUCUUCGACUACCGCCUCGAAUGAGAGUCGUAGGGUUUCCUACGCAUUUGAUGAUAAUGAAACUAAGGAAUUGAUUCCUGUAACUCAUACAUCGAGCUAUUAUUAUCCUCCUGUCUCGGCUGACGCUUGGGAUGAUACUGGGUUCGAUGGUGAAGUGGGUUAUCAGAGUAGACCGGCGGCACCACCUAUAUGGACAUAUGUUGGACCGGGUGCUCAUGAUCCUUUUAAUACUGGUCAUACGCAACUUACAGAUCGCAUGAUGCGGCAUUUACAAAACUUUCUUUGGGAUUUGACGCAAGAGGCACAUCCAUUACAAACUCGGUAUAAACAUAAGCUACAGGCACAUUGGGCUGCUUUGAUCCAGCGCGAUCCAACUGUUCUACAUGCGGUUAUUUGUAUGUCAACUUCAAAUGCGGCGAUGCGAAGAGGUGAACUACCGGUCAGAGAUCCAAACCAACCGCACUCCGCGCUUGUGGUUGAUACAUUUCAUCACCGGGGCGAGACUAUCCGUUUGGUCAACCAGGGCUUGUCAGAUCCUAUCAAAGCUGCUAGCGAUGAGUUGAUCGCUGCUGUAUCGACAUUAUUGACGAUCGAGAUUGCAUCAGGAAAUCCGGACUAUCUGAAAAUUCAUUUGGCUGGUUUGCGACAGAUGAUAGGACUUCGUAAGAACUUCGCUGAUGUUCCCUCUGAUGUCCGCUUCCAAAUAUCAUGGACUGAUAUUCGUGUUGCCUGCAUGGCAAUGACAAAACCCAUUUUUCCAUUCGUCCGAUCUACUCGCCCUGCAGGGUUCUCUCUUUACCCACCUACAGACGAUGUCGCCUUGACAGCGAGUCGCCUGAUCCCUUUGAUGAAAAUCCCCGGUAUAUUCAGUGAAUCCCUGACCAAAAUCAUAUAUGACCUCCUCGAACUCUCCUGGUACGCAGAAUGGAUCAAGGGUGGAAGCGGUUUCAAAGACUUCAGCGAGGAAACCGAAGAUUACUUCAAUUUCGAGGUCCUUUCAGUCGAGUAUUCCCUCCACACAGAUCGGUACCUACCAACCGGCCAAGUGAAAGGCGACAAUUCCAUCGAAGGCUGCUCUCGUCUAGCCUGUCUCUGUUUCCACAACAGCGCAAUCUGGAGCUUCUACCCCAUGAUUGCACCGCUACUCCCGAAACCCAUCCUCGCCCUUCGCACCGCUCUAGAAGCGACGAUCCCAACCGGCCUCUUCGCGCUCUGUCGGGACCUACUGAUCUGGCUUCUUUUUAUUGGCGCAGCAUGCAGUCAGGUUAUGCCUGCGGAACGCACAUAUUUCGUAACGGAGCUAGCGACAGCCACCCGCCUGCACGGCGUUACAACUUGGCAGGAAUGUCGAGGUAUCCUUUUGGGAUUUUUCUACGCUGAUCGUGUACACCUCCCUAUGCUUCGACAGAUCUGGCAGGAGGUCCAGAUGCAGGCGGAGGUAUCACCUGUCAGUGCGUGA